UGUACAUGAUAAAGUUUACUUUCUGAAGGAGACAGAUUUUAUUGUUCACAUUAAUUUCAAUGUUGAGUAACACAUCUGAUUAUAAAUUCAUUUUUUAUCCUCAUCAUGUUUUCUUUGUUCAGUCUGAGGUACUGCAGUUUGUCAGAGAUCAGCUGUGCUGCUCUGAUCUCAGCUCUGAAGUCCAACCCCUCCCAUCUGAGAGAUCUGGACCUGAGUCUCAACGAUCUGCAGGAUUCAGGAGUGAAGCUGCUGAAAGAUCUUCUGGAGAGUCCAGACUGCAGACUGAAGACUCUCAGACUGGAGCGCUGCAGUUUGUCAAAGAUCAGCUGUUCUGCUCUGGUCUCAGCUCUGAAGUCCAACCCCUCCCACCUGAGAGAUCUGGACCUGAGUCUCAACGAUCUGCAGGAUUCAGGAGUGAAGCUGCUGAGAGAUCUUCUGGAGAGUCCAGACUGCAGACUGGAGACUCUCAGACUGGAGAGCUGCAGUUUGUCAGACAUCAGCUGUGCUGCUCUGAUCUCAGCUCUGAAGUUCAACCCCUCCCAUCUGAGAGAUCUGGACCUGAGUGAAAACAAUCUGAAGGAUUCAGGAGUGAAGCUGCUGAGAGAUCUUCUGGAGAGUCCAGCCUGCAGACUGGAGACUCUCAGGAUCAGAGGAGAGACAAUCAGAGCCAAGAUCCAGAAGAACUGUCCGGGGGGGUUACCUGUUGACCCGUGUACGUCUCCAGAAGUGUCCGCAGGCAUCCCCUAAUACUGCGGUUGGGGGGAUGACGUUCAAAAGCACUGUUGUCUUUGAAACGCUCUCAAAGUCUUUGAUGACAAAGUCAGAAAAAUGACAGGAAGAAAUAUUUUGAAACUCUUGGACUUUGUGUUUUUCACCCCAGGUUAAUUAAUGUCCAAUCAAAUGUUUCCUUUGAUUUCUAAAAGGAGCUCUGCCUGGUGCCAUUGAAUGCAUGUAGUCUGUAUGAAGUGUAAUCAGAUAUAACCUUUAAGAUGUGUUGUGAUAUCUCUAAAAGGAAUUACAGCUGUGCAGAGAGUGGAUUCAGAUACUGUUGACGGGGGUCUAUGUGCAGGUGAAGAACUGACCCUGGGUCAGCAGAAUUCCUGCAGUGGACAGGCUUUAGAUGUCCUGCCGAUGUGGAGACACCUCGUACAGGAAAGAGUUUUCAUGGUUUCUCUGUUCUCCUUUAUAAGGUAACUCACUGCAGGACUGCCUCUCUCUUUAGGACGGACAAUGUUCACAUUAAAGAUCUGUAUAUAAAUACAAUAUAAAUUAUAUCUCCUGUACAUAUCCAGGCUGAGUGGACAGUCUGACUCCGGUCUGACAGUCAUGUUGAGAACAACUCGACUUAUACUUAAUAAGUCUUAAUAACAACUUAAUAACCUUCACCCAUUGUCCCUGCUAGUGUUUUACCUGCCGACACGCAAUCAGUGAUUUAGAAGCUGCAGCUGAUCUGAGGCCAGUCCCUGCAGCUCCACAGCCAGUGAAGACAGAUAAAACUCAACAUCACUCAUCAGUAGGGAUGUAUCGAUGCAUCGUGAACCGGUUAAAAAUCGGUACAGAUGCGUUAAGAUUAAAACCGGUUGAGCUAAAAAAUUAAUCGUGAUGCAAUUUUAACGGCACAGGUUGUGAACUAAUUUAGAUUUGAUUUGCUGGAACAGCAGUCUGGACAUGAUUGAACGCUAUCUAGAACAACAACUUGCUGUGGCAGCUGCUCUGCUCAGUGCAGACGUCUGUCGAAAUGCCCGUGAAAUCGACACACUGGAUAACUCAGACAUCCGUGAU